UUUUAUUGCGGAGCUACCUUGUGAUUGACAGGUUGCUAUUGUAGAGUCUUGCAGAGUGUCCUCUACAUUAUGUCUAGUUUUAAAAUACCAAAAGGCUCCAUGGUAAACUUAAGGUUUCAAAUUGGUAGCUCAGAAACCAGUGGGUGAAGUCAGGGGGAUGGUGUCCAUCUUCUAUAUACAGUUUAUGCUGUAUACAGCUUCCAGCAUAGAUCUGUCAAUAUAGUUCAUAAAAGCCUUUGAGAGUUACUCUGUUGUGUGUAAUUAUGGAGUUAUGCAGAUCACGUGUAGCUGUGAAACAACAUGUAAACCUGUUGUAUGAUCUUGAAAAUGUUUCACUUUUCAUCCAAAACUCUCCCUGAAACACUGUUUGUAAUGGAACUCAUACAAACUGUAUGUUAUUUUCUUGUACAGUUCAAGUGACGCAUGUACCUUCUGACUGAUUUUAAUGUGUUGUUUUCCAAAAAGUGUGAUUAAAAAAGUGAAACCUGACGCCUUUCCAAUCAAACAAACAGUUAAACCUUACCUGACUGCAGUGUACCUGCCCAGCUGCAGAAGCAACCUGAUUGGCAGUCCCGGAGUCAGUGCCCUGCGCUAUUUGCAUAAACGGGUCACGAGGCUUUCAAGCUUUGCAUAAGACAGCAAGGAACAAGCAGCAGGAAUGUUUCCUGUUUGUGCCAGAACAGGUUUGUGCUGUGGCUGGGGAGUGAGCAGUUUUAAGUGACGAGGCCACAGACGCUUCCUUGGUGACAAAAUGGACUCUUUUAAAGGACCUUGCCCUCAUCAAAGUAUUCCUGUUGAAAUGGAUGAGAGGAUGACGUCCUCCAAUCUGGACUUGGCCUGGCCUCCCCCUUGCACACAGUGUAGUGGACUUACAGAGACCACCAAAAGGCCAGAGGACCACAAUUAUGAACUUCCUCAGGGGGCAGCGUACGGUGCUGAACUCCCUGACAGCCACUACCAGCCUGAACCCAGAUCAGCCCAUCGUGCUGCUGUGGAUCUUUACUUCAUGCCCCCAGCACCAGCACCACUCUCAGGACAUAUGAACCCCUUCCACCCUGGAAAAGCAAGGUCUCAUGGUCUCAGAGAGCAGGUGCUGCUGUACGAACCGGACCAUGUGGUUGACAACAGUAGAAACCCCGCCAGCCCUUCAAGCUGGCACUCGGGUCGCUCUUUUGAGGAAGCAGAACCCCUGGAGCCUCCUCUCCCGCUCAAAUCAGACUCCUACUAUCACAAUCCAUCACAAUACCCAGCAGCACAUAUGACCGGCCGUCGACCAGUGGGGAACUACCAGAGACAGUGUCCCUGCUGCCCUCCAGCAAAUCAGCUCCAUCCCAAUAACAACCGCCGUCAUUACAAUCCCUGUCAUUACCCUGCGGGUCCAGCCCAGGAGCCUCAACCCCACCAACAACUUAAUCCCCAACAUAGAAAUGUCCCCCGUGGAUCCGUGCCUCAGUUUGCAGCGCCUCCUAGAGACGUGAUGCUGGAGGUCAGCGUGGACCCAUCCCAUCCAACAGGUCCAAGAGCAGCCACGAGGGAGGUCAGGAAGACCAUCAGCCUGCCUGAGGAGUGCAGAAAUGUCUUCAUCACAUACUCGAUGGACACAGCUGAAGAUAUAUUGAUUUUCGUCAAUUUUCUGAUCUCUCAGGGUUUCAAUCCAGCAAUUGACAUGUUUGAAAGUCCCAUCCAACGACUGGGCAUCACCAAAUGGAUGGACAGCUUUCUGAAUGAUAAAUCGGUGCUCAUCAUCGUGGUCAUCAGCCCCAAGUACAAGAAGGACGUGGAGGAAGUUGGAUGCGACGAGCACGGUCUGCACACCAAGUACAUCCACAACCAGAUUCAAAAUGAGUAUAUUCAACAAGGCUGCCUGAACUUCAGACUGGUUCCUGUGUUGUUUCCCAAUGCAACAAAGAAUCACGUCCCCAGCUGGCUGAGGAACACCAGGAUCUACCGCUGGCCUCAGGACAACCAGGACAUCGUGCUGCGCCUGCUGAGGGAGGAACGCUACAUCCUCCCGCAGCGUAGCAUCGACCUCACCCUCACUGUCCGACCUCUCUCACAUCACUGACAAAGACUCCUGGAAGAUAUGCAGCAUCAAGGAAAUGGUUUACUCAAGCUGCUGUUGGAACAUUUUUGUCAGAAACACGUUACAAGAAGGUUCAGUUUCAAAGUGUUUUACCUUUUGUUGCCUGUUUUUCUGUUUGAUUCAUGAUUCACUUUGACAAUGUCGUAUUAUGAAAAUCAUUCAGUCUUUUUCCAUUAUGCCAGCAUAUGAAAUGACAACUGAUCAUUAAUAACAUUAUAGAUCUGAUUUACAAGUAAAGCAACUUUUACUGGUUUUGGCCACCAGGGGGCAAUGAAAGGAGACAAACACUCAACAUGUUGAAAGUUUGAGAGUUUAAAACUAUUUUGUGGUUACAUACUAAAUAUUAAAUGAGCAUAAUUUUAGUUGUUUUUUAAUCCACCUGGUUGUUUGCGCUGCUUUCAUUUGGAGUUUUACAAAAACAACAGAAUUUAUGGGCUAUGAAACCAAAACAAUGACUUUAAAAAUGUUAAAAAAAAAACAUCUGUACUUGCAAAAUUGAAUGCUAAUUUUCUGUAUGCAUGUCAGUAAGCUUGACUCCUUUUAUAAUACACAUUAGGUUCAUUGUAUAUGAAUUUAAACAUUUUGGUGAGUGCAGCUUUAAAGGGAGGCAUCUUUUGAAUUUAAAGUGUUAAAGCGGGAAACAUGUACUGUCGGACGGAUUAUGGAAAAUGCAGACAAAAACAAUAGUAUUUAAACACUUUUUGCGGUUAAUUUUCCAAUUUUAAAUCAUCAUCAUAAGUAUAUUUCUAUUCUUCUGUGAUCAAAUUUGAGCUCAUUAUGGCAUUACGUUUGUUCAUCCAUCUAUAUGAGAGUUUUGUAACUUACAGUUUAUCCAUAAAUCAUAAUAUUUCUGCUUAUCAUUACACCGUCUGUGUGUAGUUGUAGUAAAGCACAUGGUUAACCAGAAGGUGGCAGCAUGUCCCAAGUAAUAUCAACACUCCUGCAGCAUUGGCCUCUUUUCAUGGUGAAUGCUCUGAUUUCCAGUCCACACAUUAUAUUUUUAUUACUGUACAAUAAAUGAUCUGUUUCAAUGAA